AUGCUCGUUGCUGACGACGCCAUGGGAGCUGCAGCAGAGUCCUUCCGACAGGCACUGCGGCAAGCGCGACACCCGAUCGCCCUCGCUGGUGCAGGCUUGAGCGCUGCCAGUGGCAUCCCAACCUUCCGUGGCGCAGGAGGUCUGUGGCGCUCACAUGAUGCACUGUCUCUGGCAACGCCCGAGGCUUUCAAGCGAGAUCCAAGCAAGGUCUGGCAAUUCUAUCACUACCGCCGAUCCGUGGUGCUCGCUGCGUCGCCGAAUGCUGCCCACACGACGCUGGCCAAACUCUUGAUUCAGAGCCACUUGCGAGAUCAGCUUCUACCCAACGCUAAAUCUUUCCAUCUCGUCACCCAAAAUGUUGAUGGUCUGUCGGGUCGGGCGCUGCAAGAAUCUGCGCCGACGGAACAGUCCGCCCCCUCUACAUCAGCUGGCUCGAUACUUGAGAUGCACGGAAACCUCUUCAAGACGAUCUGCACUUCCUGCGGAGAGUCGCGCAUCGACUUGCGCGAUCCGCUGUGUCCAGCCCUGCGUGGCGCAGAAGAUCUCUCGGGCGAGUAUCGAGUCAUCCCGACCGACCACUUGCCGCGCUGCUCCCAAUCCGGCUGCAACGGACUGCUCCGACCUGGCGUAGUCUGGUUCGGCGAGUCCAUCCCCGAGCUCGAUCGCAUUCAAUCGCUCAUCUCCAGGUGCGACCUCAUCCUCGUGCUUGGCACCUCCUCGACCGUCUACCCUGCCGCUGGGUUCGCACAGAUCGUCAAGCACUCGAACCACGGCCAGGUCGCAGUCUUUAACAUCGAACAACCAUCGGACGACGAACGUGAUGAUGUGGACUGGCACUUUGUCGGCCCCGUCGAGACGCUCCUUCCACAGAUUUUGUCCGUGACGUCGGAUUCGUGA